AUGUCGAGUGAUUUGAAGGAAAAAGUUGUUUUUAUGACGGGGGGAGCGAUUGGAAUUGGUGCAGCUUCUGUUAUACUUUUUCUUGAAGAAGGAGUGAAGCAUAUCGCAAUAACAGACAUCGACGUUAAUGCGGGAAAACAACUAGAACAGGAUCUAAACUCCAAAUACCCAGGUCGAGUCUCGUUCAUAAAGUGUGACGUCACCAAUGAUGAAGAACUGUUUGCUGCUUACGAUCAGGUUUUGAAACAAUACGGCUAUAUCGACUUUGUUAUUAACAACGCGGGUCUGAUGAACGAUAGUCCUAAGGUGUACAAGAAGGCGAUUGAAGUGAACGUAACAGCUCUCGUAACCAGUACCUUAAAAGCAUGGGAAUUUAUGCGUAAAGACAAGUCUGGUAAAGGUGGGACUAUUGUCAACAUAUCUUCUAUAGCAGGAAUAGUCCAAGCUCCUUUUGUUCCCAUAUACCAAGGCACUAAGAGCGCAGUAUUGCAGUUCAGUAACUGUAUUGGGACCAAAGAAAAUUAUGAAGCGACAGGUGUUAAAGUACUGACGGUUUGUUACGGCCCAACAAAUACUAGUCUCAUUUCUAAACAAAAACUACAUAGUUUUUGUGAUUUGUACCCACAUGUUACAGAAAUAAUAGAAAAAAAUCGUAUUCAAAGCGUAGAGUCGGCUGCAAAAGGUCUAAUUGAGGUUUGCAAACAAGGCGAAAGUGCUAGUACCUGGCUCGUGGCAAACGACAAGAAAGCCAAAGACAUCACUCCUGCUGUGAAGAAAGCCUACUCUGCAUUACUUGAAGCUUUAUUUCAAUAAAGCUUUCUAAAGAAUUAAGGUAUAAUCCGGUUGAAAAUUCACGAUGCGUCGUAUACUUUAUU